CUCUCUCUCUCUCUCUCUCUCUCUCUCUCUCUCUCGCGUCCGAAGGUUUGGAUCUCGGCUUUCAUAGACGCGCGUCUCCUUAUUCAUGGCUUCGGCUACAUUCAACGCCCCUUGCAACUUUCCGGCGAUCAAAGGAUUUGAAUCCAAGAGCUGCGUCGGCCUGAAACCGACAGUGAAUAACUUGAGGGUUAGUCCUGUCCGAACAGCAACCGUUCCUCGCCGUUGUCUUGUCGUGAAGGCGAGCGAGUCAGGCAACGGACACGCCAAGAAGCUAGGAAGGAGCGACGCCGAAUGUGAAGCCGCUGUUGUCGCCGGAAAUAUUCCCGAGGCGCCUCCGGUGCCGCCCAAACCAGCAGCUCCGGCCGGUACUCCGGUGAUUCAGCCUCUCCCACUUAGCCGACGCCCGAGACGUAACCGCAAGUCCCCUGCUUUGAGAGAGUCCUUCCAAGAAACUAAUGUCUCACCCGCAAAUCUUGUAUACCCAGUUUUCAUUCAUGAAGGUGAGGAGGAUACACCUAUUGGAGCAAUGCCUGGGUGUUACAGGCUUGGCUGGAGACAUGGCCUUGUGGAAGAGGUUGCUAAAGCCCGAGAUGUCGGUGUAAACAGUAUUGUACUGUUCCCCAAAGUUCCCGAUGGUUUGAAGUCUCCAACCGGGGAUGAGGCAUAUAAUGAUAAUGGUCUGGUGCCUCGGACGAUUCGUCUUCUCAAGGACAAAUACCCAGAUCUCGUUAUCUACACUGACGUCGCUUUGGAUCCGUACUCUUCCGAUGGGCACGAUGGAAUAGUCAGAGAAGAUGGCGUGAUAAUGAACGACGAAACGGUGCACCAGUUGUGUAAACAAGCUGUUUCCCAGGCCCGAGCCGGUGCAGAUGUUGUUAGUCCGAGCGACAUGAUGGAUGGGCGAGUAGGCGCAAUUCGUGCAGCCUUGGAUGCGGAGGGCUUUCAACAUGUUUCCAUCAUGUCAUACACGGCAAAGUAUGCAAGUUCAUUCUAUGGCCCUUUCCGUGAAGCUCUCGACUCAAACCCGCGUUUUGGGGACAAGAAAACUUAUCAGAUGAACCCAGCAAAUUACAGAGAGGCAUUGGUCGAGGCACGCGAAGAUGAGGCUGAAGGAGCUGAUAUUCUCCUGGUGAAGCCUGGUCUUCCAUAUCUGGAUAUCAUACGGCUUCUCAGGGAGAAAUCUCCAUUACCCAUUGCUGCAUACCAAGUGUCAGGAGAGUAUUCGAUGAUAAAGGCAGCGGGAGUGCUGAAGAUGAUCGACGAGGAGAGGGUGAUGAUGGAGUCGUUGAUGUGCCUACGCCGAGCUGGUGCGGACAUCAUCCUCACCUACUUUGCCGUUCAAGCCGCCCGGUCUUUAUGCGGCCAGAAAAGGUGAAAAGCCAAUUGAACUUUUUUUUGUUUUAUGGUUUUUGGAAUAAUUAGCAUUUGUUAUUAUUAUGAUUAUGAUUGUGAAUUGUGCCCUCAAAACUUUAUCUUGGAAUCCAAAUCAUGCAAAUUCUCUAUUA